AUGGCGCGCGCUUCGCUGUUGUUGGUGCUUGUUGCGGUCGCAGCGGCGGUGUCGGCCGUCGAGUUGUUCCCCAAGCAACUCAACGGUCCGCCCAGCGAGUUUUCUCGUCAUGGCAUUCCCGAUGCCACCAAGGGCGCCCUCUACCGCGACUCAGCUCUCUUCUUUGUGAAGUACCAGGCCAGCGCUACCAACGCCAAUCAGCUCGUUUUCACUCAGGAUCUGGCCGUCGAUUCGACCACGGCCUUUCGUCUCGUCGUGCGCACCUCCCUCGACGACGUGGCUACCGUUGCCGUCACCGCCCCAGAUGGCUCGGCCUUUGAUCUUGAUGCCUAUGCCUCGAACUCCAUGUGGCCCAUCGGUGAUCAGAUCAUCAACACCACCGUCUACGAGGUGCCCAACCCCGUGACCGGUGUGUACCAGCUCACCCUCACCGUGGACGGCAUGUCCGAGGACGACUUGCGCGCGUUUGUUGCCGACAAGCCACGUGGUACGACCCACCAGGGCCUGGUCAUUCUUCAAAACGAUGCUCCCGAAGAAAUCUACUCUCAUCUGAGCACCUACAAGUCAAGCAUGUGCCAGUCGGACGAUCUUACCAUCCUGGCUCGCAUGUACGACGCCUCCGCCAACCCCAAGCUCAGCGGUGUCAACAAGGGUCUGGCCCCGACCCCGCUGCGCGAGUCCGUCACCUCGGCGGAGCUCGAGAUUAUCUAUCCCGAUGGCUCCAUCCACGAGGUUGCCAUGCAUGACGACGGUCUGCACUCGGACGGCGAAGCUGACGACGGCGUCUUUGGCGGCGACUUUGUGCCUGCCGACAAGGGCUACUACCUGGUCCAGUCUGUCUUCCGCGGUACCAACGACGCCGGUGCUCCGUAUGUGCGUACGGCUGAGCAUCAGGUGAAGAUUGUGGCAAACGACAUCCGCCUUGCCUCAACCUACACCACCGAGCUGCACACCUCGGCCCCCCGUGUUGUCUUCAAGGUGCCCGUCUCGAAUGCCGAUGGUUCGCCCGUGGACACCUCCGCCGGUUACCGCGCCUACGCCCAGGUCUGGGGCAAGCACCUCUUCUCCAGCCAGCAAACGGCCACGGCCUGGACCUCGGCCCUCGUCUAUCCCCAACAGGCCACCGAUGGCUCGUACUACGUGCCGCUCGAGAUGGACCUCAAGUGGGCCCUCAAGGCCGGUACCACCUACCCCUUCACUCUCCAGGACGUGUAUCUGCAAGAGGUGAACACCAUGGUGCCCGUGGCCACCAUGGAUACCAUGACCCUCGACUCGUAUGAUCGCAGCGUCCAUGUCGGCGUCUCGCGGGCCCUCUUUGGUCUCAACCGCACCUAUGCUGGCGAGGAGGACGAGGCCAUGCGCUUUGGUAUCCGCCCGGCUCAUCUCCAGCGCACCAACCUCACCGACUCAACCCGUCGCCUCGUCCUCCUCCACGGUUACUGUGCCGACGGCAACCCCUGGCAGAAGCAGUCCGAGGACUGGCCUGCGGACGCACUGUACUUUAACGACGCUAAGCAGUCGCGCAGCCAUGACGAGUUUGCCCAGCUUGUACAGCAAUUCGUGGCCGACAGCGGUGUUGACUCAUACGCUCUCAUCGGCCACAGCCAGGGCGGCAUCGUGACCAUGCACACUCUCAACUACUACUGGACCGGUCUGGAUCUGGCUCCGGAUGGUGUGCGCAAGACCCAGAGCCUGGCUUCGCCCUACCAGGGUAACACGGGUGCUGGUGGCUGGGCCGAGCUUCUUGGCUCGCUCGGUGGCUGUGGCGAGAACCAGGAUUUGACUCGUGACGGUGCCGAGCUCUGGCUGGCCGGCCUGAGCGCUGCGGCAGUUAGUCAGCAGUUCUUUUACACGACACAAUAUGGUCCUGGCGGUUUGUUUGGUGAUGGCUACUGCAACAAGCUUGUCAACACAGUCUUGAAGAAGCCCAACGACGGUGCCACAGAGAGCGAGUAUGCGCCUCUCGAGGGCGCUACGCACGUCGACAACUUUGUCGGCCAGUGCCACAUCCCGGACAUGAACUGGCCCGCGUCCUUUUGGGACAAGGAUCGCAAUGCCGAGAUGCGUGCUGCGGCCGGCUUUUAAAAGCCGUGUUUUUCUUCCCUCACCGGCACCGUUGCGUUUGCAUAUCAUGCGCAACUUCUUUGCAUGUUCAAAAAUAAGUACUUUGUAUGGCUGUUUGUGAGGGUGUCCCCAGCGUGUGUGGCGUUCAGGAUUGCAGUUGAUACCCCAAAAU